AUGGCGGAGGAAGAACCUCAUUUCGAUGAUGCAGGACCGGUGGGAAGCAUCGGCUUCAAGGCAGACAAUGGUAGAUCUCGGAAGAUCUCGACGCAUCUGACUGUGUGUGGCGUGUCUGUCUGUCUGUCUGUCUGCAGUUUCUCCGUAUGUGUUGACGAAAGCAUCUCAGAGAGAAGCCCAGAGCAUCCUCGAUGGGGACAACAAGCCAGUGUCCGAGCUCCACAAAGGUUUUUUGCCUGCUGUUUCAGCAGCGACUUGUACGCCACGGAAUGCUUUGCAAUUUCCUUCAGACAAGUACGAGCGUGAAGCGGGGCGGAACUGGGACAUCUUCUACAAGAGAAACACCACCAACGCAUUCAAAGACAGGUGGGCUAGCGAAGUGCUACACACGAUGUAACUGUGUGCCAUUGUGUUUGCCGCCCUGUAUCGGUCUGGCAGGCACUAUUUGUCCAAGGAGUUCACCGAGCUCAGCGCCCACAGCUGCCGGGCGGGGAGGGAGGCCAGGACACUCGCACAGCGGGAAGCUGAUGAUGGCGACACAACCAGCUCGGAUGCCCAGAGCGACUGCCGGCCUGUACUGGUUGAUUUCGGCUGUGGAGUGGGCAACGCCGUAGUGCCGCUGCUGAUCAGUAGAUUGACAAGCUGAUCAGACCGCCUGUGAUGCAUGUGGCUGCGCCUCCUGUUCGUAUGGUGUCUUUGUCCAGAGAAUCCCCACUUGCGGGCCAUCGGGUUCGACAUCUCCAAACGAGCUAUUGAUUUCCUCAAUGUGAGCGAAAGGUUUCAACGACGUGGCUGUGCACGAGUCAUCAUCAGCCAGCCAUUCUCUCCUUCAUCAGAACAAGUGGCGGAGAGUGCUGGCCAACAGGGGGAGGACGGUCAACCUGAAGGACCUGAAUGCAGACAGUGAAGAAACAACCGGUCCGCCCGGUGAGCAGUCUGCCGCGGCCCCCGAGCCGCCCUCUCCUCUCCAGCCGUCCCAGCCCACCUCCUCAGACGAUGAGGAAAUGGCAGCGGCACAAGGACAGCAGGAUAGGAACAUUGAGUCCAUCCCGAUGGAGGUUGGCGAGCUGGUGCAUGGGUUUGUGCAUGACAUCACCAAGGCAAGCGAGACGAGGCAGCCAGGAUGCAUGCAUAUGUGAUGGAUGCUGGCUGAAGCGGGGUGUGUCGUGUCCUUGGUUCUAUUUGCUGUCCGUCAGGGUGAUCCUCCCGAGGAUGUGUGCCCCAGCGGCUCAGCCGACUUUGCCCUCCUGCUGUUUGUCCUCUCGGCUUUGGCCCCUGCGCACUUCAGAGAUGUGGCGCAAAGAAUCAGCAGAGUACGUCAGCCACGAAGAUGGUCUCUGUGUUCCUGUCUGUCUGAUUGCCCUUUCUGUCGGCUCAUUUGUGUAUGUGUGCAGGUGUUGCGUCCCGGCGGCGUGUUGAUGCUGCGCGACUACGGUCGUUACGAUAUGGCUCAGCUGCGGUUUGCGGCGCAGAGGAAGUGCAAGAUCGAAGAGAACUUCUAUGUCAGAUGGGACGGCACACGCACCUACUAUUUCACUGUCGGUGAGUGAGACUUCGACAGGCACAGGACUUAGUCAUGGGUCUGGUUUAUCUGUCUUGUCUGCCUGUCUGGUGCAGAGGAGCUGCGUGAGAUCUUCUGUGGCUGCGGCCUCGUCGAGCUUGAAAACCGGUGGGAGCAAAAGCGACACCCCACAGCAAACUGGCUAUCGGUCCAUGCGUUGUCGUGGGGCUUAUGUAUGUGUGGUGAUGCGAUCAGGUAUCACAUGCGUGAGAUCGUCAACCGCAAGACGGAGCAGCGGAUGCGGCGCAUAUGGAUACAGGCCAAGUUUGAGAAGCCCUCACACGCACCAGCAGCAGCGGAGGAGACAUAGACCAACCAGUGUGAGAGAGGGAUGGCUGUGCGAGUACAUCGAUGUGGGUUGGAUGUGUAUAGGCGUUGCGUUGCCUACCUGGUGUGGGAUGGUUGGUUGUAGGUAGAGACAUACAUGCAUCAUAUGAUGGGGG